AUACAUCAGACCGUAUAAGUCUCGUGUCCCGCGAUUAAUUUUAAGCUAGAACAAUUUGGCAAAUCUCUGCACUUGGAAAAUUCGCAAAGUGUAAAAUGGCUGAUAACAAGGAAGACCUCGCUGCUCUCGGAGCUGGCAACCUCUUUGGUGUCAAGGGCAUGGUUGCCGUUAUCACUGGUGGUGGCUCAGGUGAGUCAAUCCGACGAUUGCUUCAUGGCUAGUUUGCCUACCUCUUAAAGUGCUGACAAGUGGCAGGAAUCGGUCUCAUGAUGGCCAAGGCCUUGGCAGCCAAUGGCGCCGAAAAGGUCUACAUCCUCGGUCGGCGCAAGGAGGUCCUAGAAGAAGCCGCCUCAUCUGUGGGAUCCAGCCUCAUCCCUCUGGUCUGCGAUGUCAGUGACAAGGACAGUCUGAAGGAGGCAACCGCAGCCAUCGAGAAGGAAGCCGGCUUCGUCAAUCUCCUCGUCUGCAAUGCUGGUGUCGGCGGACCCCAAGUCAAGGCCCCUACCCCCGAGACAACGGCUGAGGAAUGGGCUGAGCAGCACCUUGCCCAUGACAUGGCCGACUACACGCGAGUUUUCGAUAUCAAUGUCACCUCUGUGUGGUACACCGCCAUGGCUUUCGUGAAGCUUCUUGACCUCGGUAACAAAAAGGGAAACCUAUCACAAAGCUCUCAGGUCGUCUCGACAAGCUCCAUUGCCGCCUUCAAUAAGAUCGCCCCCGGUGGCUGGGCGUACGGUCAGUCCAAGGCGGCCGCGACGUUGGUUAUCAAGCAACUGUCAAGUAACCUGCCCCGUUGGAAUAUCAGAGCUAAUUGCAUUGCCCCUGGCUUAUUCCCGAGCGAAAUGUCGGCUCCCAUUGCCAAGCUUUACGCCGAGGACGGCAGUGUCCCCAAGGAAAUGGUGCCUCUUCAGAGGAUGGGUGAUUCGCAAGACAUGGCUGGCGUCAUGUUGUACCUUGCUUCGAGAGCUGGUGCGUAUUGUAACGGUGCAGUGAUUACCGUGGACGGGGGUAGACUUGGAAACUUCCCUACGACUUGGCAUGCUUAGACACCCCAUCAUCUCCACGCGCGGUCCAGCUUGGAGCUUUGCCAUGCGAAUUCUGAGACAGCAUCGCUGUUGAGCUGAGCUGGUUGUCUGUGCUGCUAUUAGAGCGCUGUUCACUUAUGCUUUUGAACGCUGCUCCGUGGCGCUAUGUUGUAGGUAACAGAGGUGGGAAUAUUUAUAGAAUGUGAACCUGACAGCGAAGACCCACGAGUCGGUGAACAUCGGUGAGAGUUGGAGUGGGGUGUGUCUCACCUGGACCCAGUUCCGGAAAUACGCCGGCUAGCGUCGUCACCUCAAGAGCCCAGAAGCUAAGGAGAGGAGGGGAAGAGAAAGCGCAGAGAAGUCGGAAAAGAAGCCCAACCAGCAUCCCCCACAUUCUCUUCCCUGCCCUGUCCGGCUCAUGCAAGUGGCCUAGCUUU